AUCCUUUUUCAUCUACAAAUCUGGUACACAUUUUAACAGAUUUAAUAUCCUGUAGCAUCAGCCAAUCAAAACCUUUCAUAUCACCGACUCCACCUUUCAAAGCCACUAAACCGACAAGAAAUCUCGAAUAACAAAUAUAUUCCAAACAAAGGCAACAAUUUCCCACUUCCUAGUUUCUGUUGUUGUGAAUAAGUUUUGCCAUUUGCUCCAUGGAAUUUCUUGGUCCUUGAUCAAAAAGCAGAAAAAAUGAAAGCACUUUUAUCCGUCUCUAAGAACCCCAUUUGUGAUUUCAGUGGCUUUUCCUCGAAGAACAGCCCUUAUCUCAGAGGUCAAUUUAGUGGUGGAUACAUUCUUGGAUUUAGCUUGAAUCGUGGACGGAGAAAACAUAAAGGACUUGUAGUUUCACCAAGCUGUGUCCUUCCUUUAACUGAAGAGAACGUGGAGAAAGUACUAGACGAGGUGAGGCCUGGGUUGAUGGCUGAUGGAGGAAAUGUAGCUUUACAUGAGAUAGACGGCCUCCUUGUGGUUUUGAAGCUACAAGGCGCCUGUGGGUCAUGUCCAAGCUCAACAAUGACUCUCAAGAAUGGAAUCGAAGCUCGUCUCCGGGACAAAAUACCGGAAAUUCUGGAAGUGGAGCAAAUCCUCGACACUGAAACAGGUCUUGAGUUAAACGAGGGAAACAUUGAAAAGCUUCUUGGGGAGAUUAGACCGUACCUUGCCGGCACCGGAGGUGGAUCACUUGAACUGGUUCAGAUUGAUGACUACGUUGUCAAAGUUCGACUCAGUGGUCCUGCAGCUGGAGUUAUGACUGUUCGAGUUGCUUUAGCACAGAAGUUGAGGGAAAAAAUACCUACCAUUGCCGCAGUUCAGUUGAUAGAUUGAUGAACAAUGAUGAGAAUCCUGAUCAUCAACUGUAAAUCAAAGAACAGACAAACAGUUUUAUACAAUUUUUAUGAUAGAAAUAGAAUUAUCAUGGAGACAUAAGUUUUUGUACCUGGAAAAUGCAUUUGUUGUAUAUUUAUUUCCACAACUUUAAUCCUAAAUAUAAUUUGUUGUCCCCGAUGA